AAAUGCUGAUGUAGUUUACAGUGAGAGAACAGUCGGAAAUAGUGGUUUUCAAAUAUUAAUGUUCAUAUUUUCUUUUAUAAGUUUGACUGCAAGAGAAAUACACCUGCUUUUUUUCAAAUGAAAUUGGCAGGUGAGAUCUGAAAGCAAACAGCAAAGUAAUCUUUCCCAAAUCUCGUUGCGGAUGUUUCACCACCGGAGUAUUUUUCUUGUGGCACACGGGUCUUGCUUUUGGAUUCAUCCAACAUGUCUAGUUCUUACAGAAUCAGGAUCCAGGAGUUCAAGGUGGCCUUGAGUGAAGAUAAGCUUGACUUAAAGGUGCUUCGGGAACUUUGCUUCAGCGGUAUCCCGUUUGAAGGAGGUAUCCGUGCACUUUGCUGGAAAGUCCUGCUCAAUUACCUGCCUUUGGACCAGCUGAUAUGGGAGUCCUUCCUCAAAAAUCAGAGGGAGGUGUACUCCCAGUUCCUAAAGGAGAUGAUCAUCCAACCAGGCAUCGCUAAGGCCAACCUGGGCCUCUCCAGAGAGGACGUGACUAUGGAGGACCACCCUCUCAACCCCAACCCAGACAGCAAGUGGAACAACUACUUCAGAGACAACGAGGUGCUGCUACAGAUUGAUAAAGAUGUUCGGCGCUUGUACCCCGACAUGGCGUUCUUCCAGCGGCCAACAGACUACCCCUGCCAGCUGAUCCUGGAUCCCCAGAACGACUACGAGACACUCAGGCGCCGUGUGGAACAGACUACCCUCAAGGCCCAAACUGUGGAGCGCAACCGCAGCGGGGUCACCAAUGUGAGCUCCCCGGGCAAGGCCCUUAACCUGUACCCGUCCAACGAGUACGAGGUGCUGCCCAGCGGCUGCGAGGCACACUGGGAGGUGGUGGAGCGAAUCCUGUUCAUCUAUGCCAAGCUCAACCCGGGCAUCGCCUACGUGCAGGGCAUGAACGAGGUGGUGGGUCCUAUCUACUACACCUUUGCCACCGACCCCAACAACGAGUGGAAAGAGCACGCCGAGGCAGACACCUUCUUUUGUUUCACCAACCUGAUGUCAGAGAACCGGGACAUGUUCAUCAAGAGCCUGGACGACUCGCAGUGCGGCAUCACCUACAAGAUGGAGAGCGUCUACUCCAUGCUCAAAGAGAAGGACAUGGACCUCUAUAUGAAACUGCAGGAGCAGAACAUCAAGCCGCAGUACUUCACCUUCCGCUGGUUGACCCUGCUGCUGUCCCAGGAGUUCCUCCUGCCCGACGUCAUCCGCAUCUGGGAUACGCUCUUCUCCGACCAGGACCGCUUCGACUUCCUCACCCUGGUCUGCUGCGCCAUGCUCGUACUGAUUCGAGAUCAGUUGCUGGCAGGAGAUUUCACGGUCAACAUGAGACUGUUGCAGGACUACCCCAUCUCAGAUGUCCACACCAUCCUGGCCAAGGCCAAGGAGCUUCAGGGUGGCUCAUAGCCACCCCUCCCCCUAUCUCCCUCUCCUGGAUUUGGGGGAUGCACCAUUGAAACUGGUAACCCUAGGUGACAACAAGGCCCCAUUGCACCCUGGGAGGGAGAGGAAGCCACCUGGUGCCGGGGUGGUGCACGGUUUCCUCAAAGCAACCAAACUCAAUACUUAGUCUUCUUGUCUCACUCUCACGGCCCGACAGUAUUUCCACUCUCUCAGAGAGGGUGUGUGGGCUCAAGCUAUUUAUUUUUGCACUGAACACUUGAAAAAAAUGACAAUCUACAUAUAUGAAGCAGAGAAACCAGUUACAUUAUAAAGUUUGUCAGUGCUAUUAUAACACUUCUAGGUUAUUUUAAUAGUACGUUUUUCUUCGUUCAGUUUGUUUAUUUUUUACAUGUGAACAUGGUUAUUUUUUAUUGUGGAGCUCGUACGAAAGACGAAAUGUAAUACUACCAUGUAAAGUCUAACCACAACAAAAAAUGAGUAUAGAUUGUAACUAGGAUCAUAUGCUUUUGGUAAUGGGCAAUUGAAACGUGAAGGUCCUCUGUUUGUUUUCGGUUAAACUCAGUCUGGCCAGUUUAAAGCCAGCCACUUAAAUCUCCAAUAUUAAUGUAUGUUUGCAAAAUGUUGGUAUCAAAUGGAUGGGGUGUGAAACCUGUACCUUACUCACUAACCCAAAGUGCAUGCUUAUAAAAGCUAAUGAAAAAACUAAUUAACCCUUGAUUGUCUUAAAUCUAGUCUUAGGGGGAAAUUGAUACAGUGAUGAUGAUGAUGGUCUAUUUUAUUGUAAGGGCAUUACUUUGCAAACAAAACAGUCAGAUUAAAUUGGGCAUUCAAGUUUUUUAUAUAUUUUGAGUCAUUUCUUAAUAUAUUUUGAGUCAUUUCUUAAUAUAUUUUGAGUCAGUUUUUAAUAUAUUUUGAGUCAUUUCUUAAUAUAUUUUGAGUCAUUUCUUAAUAUAUUUUGAGUCAUUUCUUAAUAUAUUUUGAGUCAGUUUUUAAUAUAUUUUGAGUCAUUUCUUAAUAUAUUUUGAGUCAUUUCUUAAUAUAUUUUGAGUCAUUUCUUAAUAUAUUUUGAGUCAUUUCUUAAUAUAUUUUGAGUCAUUUCUGGUCGCAUUAAAAAGUGGUUCACAUGUAAAGCAUAAUAAAUUGAACAUUAAUGACAUGUUAAGUGAAGAAUAACACAUUUUGCUCUGCAUACUGUUGGAUAAUUAGAGACAACAAAUUAUUGAUGAUAAUAACUAAAUAUGUAUAAUUAAUGACAUUAAAAUGCUAUGGUAACAUUUCUGUACUCAGAUAAUGGAAUUGACAGAUAACAGAGCUGACAACUGAAAAUCACUAACAUUUAAUGUGUUAUUGGUUUUUUUGGUCUCAAAACACUAACAGUUACCACAAAGUUAAUACACCAUUGAAAUGUACCUUUUCAAACUGUAGGACACAUAAAAAUGUGAUACUUUGUUAAGUACACAGAGAAUGUCUUGCUUUGUAAUGAUAAUUUAAUCAUUAUGAUUAUGAUACAGCUCACGAAACAGGUACCUUUUUACUGUUUGCGUUUCAGAUUGAUUGGCACUCCCUAGUAUCGCCAUCCAUUUCGGUCUACAGUACAUUUGGAAAGUAUUCAGACCCCUUAACCUUUUCCACAUUUUGUUACGUUCCAGCCUUAUUCUAAAAUUGAUUCAAUGUUUUUUCCCUCUCAAUCUACACAUAAUACCCCAUAAUGACAAAGCAAAAACAGGUUUUUAGAAAUGUUUGCAAAUACAUUUGUUUAAUCACAUUUACAUUACUAUUCAGACCCUUUUCUCAGUACUUUGUUGAAGUACCUUUGGCAGCGAUUACAGCCUUGUCUUCUUGGGUGUGACGCUACAAGCUUGGCACACUUGUAUUUGGGGAGUUUCUGACAUUCUUCUCUGCAAAUCCUCUCUAGCUCUGUCAGGUUGGAUGGGGAACGACACUGCACAGCUAUUUUCAGGUCUCUCCAGAGAUGUUCGAUCGGGUUCAAGUCCGGCCUCUGCCUGGGCCACUCAAAGACAUUCAGAGAGUUGUCCCGAAGCCACUCUUGCGUUGUCUUGGCUGUGUGAUUAGGGUCGUUGUCCUGUUGGGAGGUGAACGUUCGGCCCAGUCUGAGGUCCUGAGAGCUCUGGAGCAGGUUUUCAUCAAGAAUCUCUCUGUACUUUGCUCCGUUCAUCUUUGCCUCGAUCCUGACUAGUCAGUCCCUGCUGCUGAAAAACAUCCCCACAGCAUGAUGCUGCCACCAUCAUGCUUCACCGUAGGGAUGGUACCAGGUUUCCUCCAGACGUGACGCUUGGCAUUCAGGCCAAAGAGUUCAAUUUGGUUUCAUCAGACCAAAGAGUCUUGUUUCUCAUGGUCUGAGAGUCUUUAGGUGCCUUUUGGUAAACUCCAAGCAGGCUGUUGUGCCUUUUACUGAGUGGCUUCCGUCUGGCCGCUCUACUAAAAAGGCCUGAUUGGUGGACUGCUGCAGAGAUGGUUGUCCUUUUGGAAGGUUAUCCCAUCUCCAGAGAGGAACUCUAGAGCUCUGUCAGAGUGAUCAUCGAGUCCCUUCUCCCCCGAUUGCUCAGUUUGGCCGGGCGGACGGCUCUAAGAAGAGUCUUUGUGGUCAAAUUUCUUCCGUUUUAAGAAUGAUGGAGGCCACUGUGUUCUUGGGGACCUUCAAUGCUGCAGACAUUUUUUUGGUACCCUUCCCUAGAUCAGUGCCUCGACACAAUCCUGUCUCAGCUCUGUGGACAAUUCCUUCGACCUCAUGGCUUGGUCUUUGCUCUGACGUGCACUGUCAACUGUGGGACCUUAUAUAGAGAGGUGUGUACGUUUUCAAAUCAUAUCCAAUCAAUUGAAUUUACAACAGGUGGACUCCAAUCAAAUUGUAGAAAUAUCUCAAGGAUGAUCAAUAGAAACAGGAUUUCAAGUCUCAUAGCAAAGUGGCUGAAUACUUAAGUAAAUAAUGUAUUUGUUUUUUUAUCUGAAAUACAUUUGCAAAAAAUUCUAAAAACUGUUUUCGACUUUGUCAUUAUGGGUAUUGUGAUGUCAUUAUGGGGUAUUGUGAUGUCAUUAUGGGGUAUUGUGAUGUCAUUAUGGGGUAUUGUGAUGUCAUUAUGGGGUAUUGUGAUGUCAUUAUGGGGUAUUGUGAUGUCAUUAUGGGGUAUUGUGUGUAGAUUGCUGAGGAUUUAUUUUUAUUGAAUCCAUUUUUAGAACAAGGCUGUAACGAAACAAGAUGUGGAAAAAUAUAUUUUUAUUUAAUCCAUUUUUAGAAUAAGGCUGUAACGAAACAAGAUGUGGAAAAAUAUCUGAAUACAUUCCGAUGGCACUAUACAUUCUAACACUUUCAUUGGCAAGAUGGUAUCCUCCAACUGACAAAUCCCCUAUGCAGGAAUUGGUACAAAUGAACAGUCUGUGACUAACUUUAAUUCAAUGUAGCAUUAUUGUACUAAAGGUAUUAAGGGAUACUACACUACAUUACCAAAAGUAUGUGGACACCUGUUUGUUGAACAUCUCAUUCCAAAAUCAUGGGUAUUAAUAUGGAGUUGGCUUCCCCUUUGCUGAGAGUGGCUUUCAGUGUUGUGUUGGAUUUUCCCCAAACAUUACUCUUUGUAUUCAGAACAAAAAGUUAAUUUCUUUACCAUAUUUAUUGCCGCAUUACUUAAGUGCCUUGUUGCAAACAAGAUACAUGUUUUGGGAUAUUUUUAUUCUGUACAGGCUUCCUUCUUUUCACUCUGUCAUUUUGGUUAGUAUUGUGGAGUAACUAUAAUGUUGUUGAUCCAUCCUCAGUUUUCUCCCAUCACAGCCAUUACAUUCUGUAACUGUUGUAAAAUACCCAUUGGCCUCAUGGUGAAAUCCCUGAGCCGUUUCCUUCCUCUCCGGCAACUGAGUUAGGAAGGACGCCUGUAUCUUUGUAUUGACUGGGUGUAUUGAUACACCAUCCAAAGCUUAAUAACUUCACCCUCCUCAAAGGGAUAUUCAGCAUCUGGUUAUUUAUUUAGAUUUUUUAUAUAAAUUGGAGACCAUUUUGCGAGGCAUUGAAAAACCUCCCCGGUUUUUGUGGUUGAGUGUGUGCUUGAAAUGAACUACUCGAAUUGGGGGGCCUUACAAUUAAUUGUAUGUGUGGGUACAGAAAUUAGGUAGUCACUCAAAAAUGAUGUUAACCACUAUUAUUGCACACAGUGAGUCCAUGCCACUUAUUAUGUGAUUUGUUAAGCACACAUUUACUCCUGAUUUAUUUAGGCUGUAACAAAGGGGUUGAAUACGUAUUGACUCAAGACAUUUCAGCUUUUCAUUGAGUGUUCUAUUAACACAAAUCCACUUGGCAGUGAUGGGGUGUUGUGUGUAGAUCAGUGACACAAAAUCUACAUUGAAUCUGUUUUCAAAUCAGGCUGUCAAGCAAGACGAGGUUGAAUAAGUAAAGGGCUAUGCACACUUUCUGAAGGCGUUGUGUAUAUAAACAGUGACACAUUCCCCCUUGGAGAUUCACAAAUGACAAAGAAGGAUAGUCUCAUCUUCCUGUAAUUCACAAAAGUCUGUUGUCAAUGAUUUAAUGAUUUAUUGUUCUCCAUCUUUUUCUCAUUCUUAUCUUGUUCCAUUGUGAUUAUUUUUUAUUCUGUUUCCCCCCUUCUUUCAUCAUUCCCAUGGCUCUCGCCUUUCUGGACUUUAAACAAAAUCUGUUUUAUAGCAAUAUGGAGACUGUUUCAGAAGGCAGCUCGCAGCCUCUGGUCUCUCAUCUCUGCCAACCAUUUGAUGCGAGCCAGUAUAGCCUAUAUGUGGCAAAAAGCUCCUAUAAUUGUGGAAUAACAGUGCUAGAGAGGGAGAGUAUGCAUAGUCCAUACAAAGUAUAGGAAUAGCAGACAAGUGGGUUAGGAAAAGCAGAACACUAGUAGUUCAACCAUUUUCAAAGUUGGUUUUUGGGAGUAAUUUGUUUCAACAAUAAAAAUGAUUUUAAAAAGCCA